AUGGCCUAUUUACAGGGGAGUGAGGGUGAGCCCUUGAUCCCCUGUGGUACUCGUACUCGCAACUUCAAGUCUGCUGCUGUAGCAGCCACAAACUUGGUCGAGUCGUCGACAAUGCCAACCGGCCAUCAGCCUGCUUGCGUUCCCGGCGAGCCUACGUCUAAGCAUGUCAAUAGAAAAAUCGAUAUCGCUCUCCUGCCCUUUCUGUCACUGUUGUAUCUCCUGAACGGCCUCGAUCGAUCUAACGUGGGGAACGCGGAGACUCAGGGCUUUACGACAGACAUCGGUACUACCUCGGAUGAUCUCAAUCUUGCGGUCUCGCUUUUCUUCAUCACCUUUGUCCUGCUACAGCCCCCAUCGGCUGCAGUGGGGAGAUGGCUUGGUGCAAAGCAUUGGAUCACCAUCAUCAUGGCAAGCCCCACCACUUGUUCUUACAUUAUAUGGCUGAUUGGAUGGGGAGUCUUUACAGUAGCACACGCCUUCGUUCGUGACCGGAGAGCAUUUAUUGCUGUUCGGCUCCUGAUUGGAGCAUUUGAAAGCGGCUUCUAUCCCACUGCUAUCGCGUACCUCUCAAGCUUCUACUGCCGUUACGACCUCGCAGUCCGUAUCGGUUUGUUCUAUGGGCAGUACGCAAUAGCUGGCGCCUUCUCGGGAUCAAUUUCAUACGGUAUUUUCCACAUUAAUGGCACUACAUUGAAGAAUUGGCAAUGCCUGUUCAUUAUCGAGGGAGGGAUAACCAUAGUCGUUGCAUUGAUUGCUUGGUUUUGGCUGCCCCGAGGGCCAGGAUCAGCGUGGUUUCUUACAGACGAAGAGCAAAUAUUUGUUACGCAACGGAUCAUCAAGGACAAUGCUCCGUUCGUUGCUCAUGAAUACAGCAAUGAUAGUAUACGGAAGAAACGCCUUACGAGACGGGACGUUGCGGAAACAGCCAAGGACUGGAAGCUCUGGUUCAUCCUGGUAUUCAACAUCUGUGCAAGCGUGCCAAGCCAAGCAUUCUCCGUCUUCAUGCCCAUGGUUGUUCAAGGCUUGGGAUACUCAUCAAUCAAGGCAAACCUGAUGUCUGUACCUCCUUUCGUGUGUGGUGCUGUAGGGCUCUAUCUGUUUGCCCUCAGCUCAGAUCAUCGGAAAGAGCGAGGCUAUCAUAUUAUCACGGGAAUAUGCAUCGCGCUAGUAGGUCUUAUCGUAACUGUGGCUACGCAGUCCCACAGCAUUCAGUAUAUAGGUUUAUGCAUCCUACUGUUUGGUAGCUACGUCUCAGCCCCUCUUACAGUAGCCUGGCUGAGUGGGAAUAAUCCUGAGCCAGGUAAACGCUCCCUUGUCCUAGGGGUAAACGGGUUCGGCAACCUUGCAGGCGUAAUUGGCAGUCAGCUGUACAAGAAGAAACAUGCACCGAGAUACCUCACGCCCUUUUACGCUACAUUGGGGUUCGUAGCAGCGGCGCUUGCUGGCUACACAGCCUACAGGUAUACCCUCAAGGCAAUCAAUGCAAAGAAGCUGGCAAUGACAAAUUCGAUGAGCACAGAAGAUGUAGAGGCAGAGCGCCUAGAUCGGACUAGAUAUGCUGACGCAAAGUGGACAUUCUUGUAUGGGCUGUGAGGCAUUGGCCGUCUGGCGCAUGUCCUAUAGAGGGUUCAUUCUAAUUUUGUGAAAGUCUUUCCCAAGACAUGGAGCUCGAAUACACAACAUCUAAGAUAGAAGAAUAGUUGUUUGAUGUGU